AUAUUUCGUAUACGCAUAAUCUCCAUUAUCAAUGAUAAAUCUCAAUGACCUGUCAGUAUGUUCAAAUGAUUCAGUAGUCUAUCGCGCCCCGUCAGUAUUCGUUAGUAAAAAUGUUGCAAAACUGGCUGCUUCUGUUACUUGCUGUGACUUCAGUGCUGUGCUUCCCAAAUUGGUAUGAAACCAAGAAAUUCAAGGUCGGAAUUGAAUAUGAAAAUUCCCUUCCAAUGAAAGGUGGUUCAGACAGAUAUCGGCACAGGAACAACUAUGACCCAUUCUUCGUCACCAUAACCGCCCAAUCCAAGAAGGGUUUCGUGAUCACAUACCUUCAAGUCACAGCAACAAUUGACUCCGGAGGGCAAGUAGACUUCAAAGUGGUUCAAGGUCAAACUGGAUCCAGAACCAUGAUCUUCCAGCUGGUCUCCAAUCAUACAGACUUCCUCUCCUACUCCUAUUUGUCUUACGGGAUAAGAGAAGAAGAGUAUAAAAAGGUGAUGUUAGCCUCGCUAAAUUUUAAUUAGAUGGCGAAUAUCAUCACUCUUCCACGACCAACGAAUAAAGGAUUAAUGCUACAAAAUACUGGAUUUAGUAUAGUAACAUUAUUGUCGUUAAUUAUGUGCUUGUUAUAAUAUUAGGAU